UAUCCGCAAGAAAAUAGAGACGUCUAAAUUACUUAUAACUAAUUUAUUUAUCAUUGCAUUAUUUUACGGUUGAUAUUACAUUAUAGUAGCCAGUUUAUUAUUAAACCAGUUUCUAAGAUGGGGAGGAUGCCACACUUUGCAAAAAUUGGCUGCACGUAACUCAAAAUUAAAUGCCAUCUCUAGGAAUGUAUAUUAAUUACUGGUAUUAUGUAUUUAGUACUUUCGACUGCAAUAAUAACAUUCCUCUUUGUAUCUGCACUUGGAGAAAACGUUACCUUCUCCGAUACUCCCAUGCCAAUAAAAACUAGCAUCCUAUCCACCGAUGAGAAGUACACGUUGGAGGACGCCUAUAACAAUUACUGUAUCAUGGUUGCAGCCUACAUAUAUGUAGAAAUUACUUACGUGGAUAAAUACAAUGAGACAAAUUUCGCCAUCGUUGAUGUCCCUCCAAAAGCAAACGUCUCUGGUGAUUGCCUCCAAGGCUUUAUCAAUUUGACCUGGAAUAACCCCACGGUCCCGAAAGCAAAUUCUUUGGAGUUGUGGUUUCGACGAAAUUCAACACAUUUUUUCCUUCGGAGAAUUGUAGCAAAUAUUUUUCAGGAUCCAAAGUUUUUUCCGAAUAUAACAAAUUCUCCACAUUAUGAAAAGUUUGAAGCAGACUUCUAUGAUUUCCUCGCAACGCCGAUCGGUCGCUCUUAUAGUUGUGACGAAAUCGAAAUUUUGUGGGAAUGGACUGUAAUGUUUUGGGGACGUUUUGAUAUGCUACAAAUUGAAGCAUUCAGGGAAGGUCCGCUUGGUCGGAGGGCCUUUAGUCCAGCAUUGAAAUGUGGGACCAAAUUUCCUCCACGUCCAGCUUCGUCUUCCAUGGGUGAAUGGACCUUCGUUGGCGUAGUAAUAGUGCUAAUGAUUUCGACUGGGAUGUCCGUAUAUUUUAUUCGACGUCGAUAUUGGAAAAACUACUAACACGCAUUGAACAAUUUUUGAUGUAUACUUAACUAAGCACUUACUUGUGUAUGUAAGUAAUUAAUGAUGAAAUAUCCAAAAUGCUAAUUAACUUACCUUUCGUAUAGCUAUGGGAAUAAUAUAGUUUUAAAGCUAUUUAACUUUUCAAAGCAGAAUUUCGAUGAAAUAAAUUAUGAUUUUAUGAAUUUAUUAAAAAAUCGUAAACUAUACACUUUAGUACAAACCACGCAAAUAACUGCUAAUAAGGU